AAUACAAUUUAAUAUCCAAAAAUUUUAUUUUAAACAAUAUAAUAGCCAAACUUUUUCGAAAACAAUCUAAUAUCCAAAUCAUCAACUUCCGUCUGUUUGACUGUUAGUUGACACUUCAAAAAGCUUUGUUUAGGGGAAAUUGUCACAAUACAACUUUGUUUUCUUGUUUUGGCAUAGCAGAUGACUGAAUAUUUAGAUAUUCUAUAUCAUCAUGGUGGAGUCAUGGAUUUCUCGGGUUUGGAACCACGAUAUAUUGGUGGUUUUUCAGAGAAGGUAUCGAUGAAUAUUGUUAAAGUGUCGUACUUCGAACUUGAUGAAGUGUCAGCUAAUGGUCAAACGGACGAAAAAUUGACGAUUUGGAUAUUAAAUUGUUUUCGAAAAGGUUUGACUAUUAUAUUGUUUAAAAUGAAAGGUUUGGAUAUUAAAUUGUAUUUACCCUAUAAUUUAUAUGUGAUGGAAGAAUGUUGUGUAGACUCAUUCAACAACCAUGGUUCAUUUACACAAUACACUUUUCAUGAUGUCUAUAUCAAAUUUAUUGAAAACAAGCCCAUCCCAUGCUGUUUUAUUUACUAUUGACAAAACAUGUCUGUAUCAAAUUUAUUGAAAACAAAUCCAUGCACUGCUAUUUAAUUGACUAUUCCCUCCAAUGACCAAUCAGUCACUCAGUCUUCCUGUUAGCAUGGUAGCGUUUGGAUUAAAAUAAAAAAAAUAAAAAAAAUCCGUAAUGUUAUGUUAUAUAUGUCUAAAUUAAGAUACUGCCAAUCGAUACUAUUAAUAAGGUGACAACUGACAAUACAGAAUGUAUCAAACUUGACCAUUGUUGUAAAAAAAAAAAAAAAAAAAAAAAAAAAAAAAAAAAAACUUGACCAACUAUUCAAAGCAAAAGGUUCAUAACAAUAAUAUACUUGGUAUAUUUAGAUUGGGGUUAAUUGCAAAGUUGGUCACUGGAAUUACAAAAACAUUUAUGUUUAGUCACUACAAAUAUUUAAUUCCAUUCGUGGUCACUAUAAUUAAUUAAACCGUCCAAGUUUGGUCACUCUCCGUUACCUUCCUUUAGUUUCCGUUAAUGCCGUCAGUUUUUUGCUGACGUGGCUAACAGAAGUGCCUAAUCAGCUAAUUUUAAAGAAGAAAAAAACAAAAAUCCACAUGCCACGCCAUUUUAGUUAAUCAAACAUAAGUUACCCAACCCAAUCCAACCCGACCCUUCCUCUUCUUUCUCUAAUUGACCCAGCUGGAAUAAAUCCCUAAUCGGCAGAUUCCCAAACCGCAAAUCAGAUUUCCACGCGACGCCACCUCUCCAACUGUGGCUUCUUCUUCUUCCUUGCCUUGAACGACCUCUGUCCCACCAGACCCACUUCAUUUCUUCUCCACCUUCUGGUGUCGCUGAAUGAAAUCGACAGAAGGAGCUACAACCCGCGGAGGUAACAAGGGAUGGCAGAGCGAGAGUUGCGUUGUUGUUUCCUCUACCCCCGUAGUGAUUCAAAAAUUGGAUUUUGCACGAGGAGAAAGGGGAUGGAGGGACUGCGGUUGCUCUGUUAUAGGAAGGGGAGGAAGGUUAAUUGCAGUAGGAGAACGCGGCCAUGAGUUCGGCGAAAAUGGAUCUGACUUCGUGCUUCGCGCGCCGCCGUUGGCGAGGAUUAGAGCGUGGAAGUCGAAUUUGGAGCAUAUUUUGGUGACCAUGUGGAGAUGGGAAUCGUCUUCGUAGUCGGCGUGGAGCUAGACGAGGUGAGGAUUUGGGGAAACGAGGCGCGGGAGCUUGGGGUCGGUCGAGAGUGAGAGUGUGGGUCAAUUGUUGUGGGAGCCUGCGAUGAAGGAGAUGCACUUGAAGACGACGUAGAAGUGUCCCCGGUCGAUCUCCUCGCAAAUUUGGUAGUCUCUUUUCAAGGCUUCACUCAUCACUUUCAUUCUACUUGCUAGCGAUCAACAACAAUGGCAGAUUGGAGGUCGCCGCAAGAACCCUCCUCGCGAGAUGAUGAAGAGACGACCGGAGCUAGCUUCCUUCCCGCAGGGAGGGGUCUGUUGGUAAAAAUUAUGCCGAGUUUUGAGUUGGGUCAAUAGUGGGGUUGGGCGGGUUCGAUUAUCUGAUGUGGCUGCUUACUGACGUGGAGGUUUGUUUUUUGUUUUUUUCUUCUUUAAAAUUAGCUGAUUAGGCACUUCUGUUAGCCACGUCAGCAAAAACUAACGGCAUUAACGGAAACUAACGAAAGGUAACGGAGAGCGACCAAACUUGGAAGGUUUAAUUAAUUAUAGUGAUCACGAAUAGAAUUAAAUAUUUGUAGUGACUAAACAUGAACGUUUUUUGUAAUUCCAGUGACCAACCAUGCAAUUAACCCAUUUAGAUUGGGCUAGAGUGUGGAUCCCGUGACUAGGGGGUUCUUAGUCACUUGACUAAGACCCUCGUAGUUAUUAGAUCUGGACACUUCAAUCCAACAGUUAAAAAGUAGGAAGUGAUUUUUAAUUAGUGGGAGGUGUAAUUUGAGUAUUAUGAAAAAUUACGAAGUAUGAAAAUCGGACUUACAAACAGUACAAAUAAUACAAACAUACAAACAAUACAAACUUGAACGACAAAACAUACAAACAUAUUUACAAACAAUACAAACAUAUGGACUGUAAAAACAAUACAAACUACACCGACAAACAAUACAAAUCAUACAAAAAGAAAAAAUAACUGGGUUGACUUUGGAGGCUCCAUCCCUAUAUAGAGGGACUCCCUCCCAAAGUCAACCCGAGUUUUUUUAGACAUACAAACAUUACGAAAAUGGUGGACAAAAUUGACAAACUAGACCGACAAAACAUACAAACUAGAAAAACACCUGGGUUGACUUUGGAGGCUUCAUCCGUAUAUAGAGGAGUUUCAUCCAAAAGUCAACCCAGUUGUUUUUUAGACAUAAAAAACAUUACAAACAUGAUUGACAAAAAUGAUAAAAAUGGUGCACAAAAAUAACAAAGUUUACAAUCAUUACAAAAGAAACCGACAAACAUUACAAAAUAACAAAGCUUACAAACAUUACACAAUAAACCGAUAAACAAUACAAAACAUAAUAAUCGUACAAAAUGCACUAAAAAUUUGACAAACAAUAAUGAUAAAAAAUACAAAUCGAAUCGAUACGAACAUUACAAAAUAGGUCAACAAACAUCACAAAUCCAACACUAUCGCCGGAAGAUCCUUCUCCGUCGGUGGUCACCGGAAAGUUACCUCCGGUUAGCGAAAAUCUCUCUCUCUCUCUCUCUCUCUCUCUCUCUCUCUCUUACCAGCUGGGGAAAAAUUCCCAGGAAAGGAAGAAUGGCCUUCUCUCUCUUGUACCUGCAGGGAUUCCCCGGGAAAGGAAGAAUGGCCGCUAGAAGGCCACGAGAGGUCGCCGGCAAAAAAAAUCCCAGCGAGGGGAGGGAGAUAUCCCGCGGGCUGCUACAAUUUUUUUAUUUUAAUUUUUAAAUAAAUUAAAUAUGUAAUUACCAUCUUAUCCUUCAUUAAACUGGAUAAAUUAGGACCAUUAGAUUUUAAUGAGGUUGAAUGGCUGAGAUUGGCUUAGUCAUGUGACUAAGGGACCCCCUUAAUCACUUGAUCUUAGCCCAUUGGGUUAAAUGAUUUUUUAGAAUUUUAUAACAAAAAAAAAGUAUUGGAUCUGAUACAAAACCCAUGGUUUUGUAGUCCUACAAAUCUAAUCUAAUGGUUGUAAUUUGGAAGAAAAUAUUUAGGUCAUUUGGAUGAGUAAUUGUAACGGAUCAAAUUAACUUAAUUGUCUUAUUUUGAGGGGUUUUUUGGGUGGAUCAAUUGAAAACGAAACAAUUCGACAAAUUCUCUCAUUUUACAAAAUGAGUCCAUUCGAAUUGUCUGCCCCACCCUGACAAUUGUAAUUGUCUCAAAACGAGUCAAUUUUAAAUUCCUCAGUCAAAAUUGCUUCAUCUAAAUUUUGUGUUGCCAAACAAAUCAGUUUGGCCAAUUGUCUCAAAACGAAAUUGGGUCAAAUUGAUCCGUUAGAAUUCCUCUUCCAUACGACCCUGAGACAAUUGGACCAAAUUGGCCUGUUUGCCAGCAUAAAAUUUAGAUGGAUCAAUUUGCCUGGGGAAUUUCGAAUUGACCCGUUUUGAGUCAAUUGUCUGAGGCAGGGGCAGGUAAUUCGAAUUGUAACUUUUAAUUGGCUCGUUUCAUAAAAUGAGACAAUUCAUCAAAUUGUCUCGUCUUCGAAUUGAUCCAUCCAAACGACCCAUAAUUGUUCAUAUCAUAGAAGGAUAAGGAGAGAAAUAAGGGGUUUUAGGGUAGCUGACCAGAAUUUUGGGUGCAGCUGAGCGGAUUUGGGUGGGUAAGUGCGGAUUCCUAUGUGGCUUCGAAGCCACUUUUCAAAUCUUCUCUGAAAAUUCAACGGACCGUAACUCAUUCGUUUAACAUCGGAUUUCUAAAAAUUUGCACAGAAAUAUCAGAUAUUUUGUGUUUGCUUUACAAGAUGAUAUCAAUUUUGAUAUUUUUAGAAAUUUUUUUACUUCAUCUUAUUGAUGUCAUAUCAUGAUAUUAUCACUAACAGUGGUAUGAUAACAUAGUGACAUGAUGUUGAUAUCAUAGUGGUAUAGUGUUAAUAUGAAAUUAUGAUGUUGGUACGAGCUCUUUUGUCAAAAUAAUUUGAUGACAUUGUGAGUGUCAUAUCAUGAUAUUAUCAUUAUGUUAUAAUGAUAUGACACUGAUAUGAUAUUUUAUGUUUGGUAAAACAUAAUAAAAUAGAUAUCAUUAU